UCUUCAGCUACACCGAACAAAUCACCAGCUACACGUUACAGUAAUCAUGGCCGGCGAUCACCAAGACGACGACCUGCAUGCAGAGCAGACCGAGGGCUUCAAGGUCGGUGAGAAGAAGACGAUUGAUGAGUACCAGAAGCUGGACCAAAACGACGAGUCCCUCCAAAAAUGGAAAGCCUCCCUCGGUCUCGGCCAGGGCAAGGAUAUCUCCGACCCUGCGGACCCACGUAAAUGCAUCAUCCACAGCCUCGGCCUCGAGGUCGAAGGCCGCCCCGACAUAAUCAUCGACCUGCGAUCUCCCGGCGCCGUCGAGGCUCUCGAGAGCAAGCCGUUCACAAUCAAGGAGGGCGCGACGUUCCGCAUGAAGGCGCAGUUCAAGGUGCAGCAUGAGAUUCUCGCGGGGCUGAAGUACCUGCAAAAGGUCACGCGCAUGGGUGUGAGCAGCAAGAUGCAGGAGAUGAUGGGAAGCUAUGGUCCUAGCACAGAGGAGAAGCCUUUUUACGAGAAGAAGUUCGAGUCUGAGACGGCUCCCUCUGGUAUGCUCGGCCGUGGCCACUACACCGCCGUUUCCAAGUUUGUCGACGACGACAACCACGUUCAUUUGCAGUUCAAGUGGUCUUUCGACAUCAAGAAGGACUGGAACUGAGCGUUGAGUGUUUGGAACGAGAAGACGGGCGAUACAAGUGCAUCUAAGUUGGAAGUGUUGGAUAUCCAGGGCAGCUGAGGCUCCCGCAAAAUCACGAUUGGACGGCUGACGAUGUCGAUGAGCAAGGAUAUAGGAUUUCGUAGCAUGUCAAAUCCGAACAGAUGGUUUCUUUUCGAAGCUUCAACUCUCAUUAUGU